CUGGCGACUGCCAUGGACUCCCAAAUACUCGCCAGUGAAGACGUAGAAAUAGAGGAAGACGACGAACUUGGAUCGCCGGACGCGAUUCAAGCAAUGGAAAACAUGGCAAUAUCCUUCCUGAAGCAGUUGGACCAAGUGUUCGACGACGAGAGCUCCUCAGAAGAUGACUCUCCUAGGAAAAUGAGCUCCAUAAUCAGACUGCAGCUGGCUGAUAGGAUCAAACGCACGCAACUCGGGAUCACAGACACGAAAUACAUCUCUUAUCCACGAAAAUGUACCAUGGGCAGUGCACGGCCGUUUGCCCAGCUCUUCCACGUCCUUGAUAGCAUGCAUGAAUCCGUUGUUAGCAGCGUUCCUGUUACCAAGCGCGAUAUCUACUACAAGGACGUACCGCUGUUGAAGACUCAGCGAGUCGUUGACAACCUCGUCGAUGACCUUGCUGCCACAUUCGACCUCGAAAGAUCCCAACUUAACGUCCGAGCCACGUCAAAAGGACUAAUUUGCAGUUCAUCCCUGACAUUCCAUCUCAAUAGCGGAACCACUCUGUGUCCUAGUGAUACCGACGGAUUUCUGAUACCCGUUGGCGAAGACAUCCAGACGUUCAGUUUGACAGAAGAGAUAUCAUGGGUCCUCAUUGUUGAGAAAGAUGCCAUAUUUCAACAUCUAUGUCGCUUUCAGCUAACCAAACACCCAUCUGUACCGGGACGAGGCUUGAUGAUCACCGGUAAAGGAUACCCCGACAUGGCCACACGCCACCUGGUCAAAACACUCUCAGACAACCUACCUUCAAGUGUCCCUAUCAUGGCGUUAGUCGACGGCGAUGCCUUUGGUAUCGACAUCUUAUCUGUUUACAAAUACGGAAGCCGUGCUCUUCAGCACGAAAAUUUCAAGCUCGCUGCUGAACGUAUCAAAUGGCUCGGCCUGUGGUCGAGUGAGCUAGCGCCUCUGGGUAUCGACCGCGACGCGCUCAUUCCUAUCAGCAAACAUGAUGAGAAGAAGGCAUUCGAGAUGCUCCGCCGCCCGACGAAUAUACCGAAGAAAUGGAGGAAAGAGCUCAUGCAUAUGCUUCACAGUCGUCGGAAAGCUGAGAUAGAGAUCCUCUACACCGGCAACGCAGACGCUUCUCCUGCCAGUGCAACUUUUCCUGGUGUUUCUUCUAACGACCCGAGCGAGACUCCUACAGCUGCCUCUGGUUGUUCUUUUCCCGAGCUUGCUCCAGACCAUCUUCCUCGUUCCUCAGGUCCUUCAAUCAACUUACAUCCACCUCUUCUCCAAUAUUUGAUCACCAAGAUUACGAGCUUCGUAUCUUCCGCAAACAAUUCAUAAUGUGACUUCUUAUAGCUGCUGCUUAUUCUACCUACUUUGCUUCUCUGCCGAACGGCUGAUGGAAUGUAAUAUCUGGGGUCUCGGUGAUGGAGCUUCGUGGUUUUUGCCGUUGAAUAUCCUGAAAACAGAGAACACAACUUCGCUUGCAUAUGAUACUCCUGGCUUCAGUUGAGACCUCGUAGAAUCGAGAUGGUCCCCAUGUAAUUGGACAGACAAUAGGAUCCACAAGGUGUCCAUAUAAUCAGAACCUUUUCGGCAGUCCUCUGGUGGCUAGG